CUGAAAAUAACCCUGUCUGUAGCAGAUUCUCUAUGAAUUACAGGAGUCUCCUUGGCAAGUCUUAACACCCUUGGAAAUUAGAGAAUCCAGUGUAUAUUUUUCUUGAAUGUUUCCAUCACAUCUGCUCAAAAAUUUGGAAUGAAUACAAAGAAUUGAAGGUGUGAAAACCAAAUGCCAGGGAAAAUAUUUUGUGCAGGUUCAAUGGUGUGUGCAGGAAGUCCUAGUAGCAGAACUGACACAGAAACUCACUCUUAGCUGCAGUUUACUGAAGCAGGAACAAAGUGUGAUUGGGGUAGUGCAUCUAGGACUAGAAAAUGGAAGAGGAGUACCUGGAAGAAAAUGAGAUUGUUUAACCUGAAGGAGGUGCUGUUUCUAACUGACUUCCCAGAACUGCAAGGCAGUAGGCUCUGGACUUGGACAUUAGUUUUGAAUAUUCCACUAUUCAAAUUCUUCACAAAAUCCUAGGUCGAACAAGUGAUUUAAAAAAAAAAGACAGGCAAGGUGCUCACAAACAGGGAGCAAACCAAAAUGACAGCCAGGAGGUGAGGAGAGGUCAUGGACCAUCCACAAACCAGAUAAUCAUCACUGGAAUAAUUGAGAAGUGUCUGAAUGUAGGCCGUGGCAGUCCUGAAGGUUGAUGGAGGGGCCAUGCUACUCAAACAGCAGGCGUGGCUGAGACAGAAGCUUCUGGUGCUGGGAAGCCUUGCUGUUGGGAGUCUCCUGUAUCUAGUCGCCAGAGUUGGGAGCUUGGAUAGGCUACAACCCAUUUGCCCCAUUGAAGGCCGAGUUAGUGGAGCCCACAAUCAGGCUGAAUUCCCACUCCGUGCUCUGCAGUUUAAGCGUGGCCUGCUGCAUGAGUUCCGGAAGGGCAACUCUUCCAAAGAGCAGGUUCCUCUCCAUGACCUGGUCCAGCAGCUCCCCAAGGCCAUUAUCAUUGGAGUGAGAAAAGGGGGCACAAGAGCCCUGCUAGAGAUGCUGAACCUCCAUCCAGCAGUGGUCAAAGCCUCUCAAGAAAUCCACUUUUUUGACAAUGAUGAGAAUUAUGCCAAGGGCAUUGACUGGUAUAGGAAAAAGAUGCCUUUUUCCUACCCUCAGCAAAUCACAAUUGAAAAGAGCCCAGCAUAUUUUAUCACAGAGGAGGUUCCAGAAAGGAUUUACAAAAUGAACUCAUCCAUCAAGCUCUUGAUCAUUGUCAGGGAGCCAACCACAAGAGCUAUUUCUGAUUAUACUCAGGUGCUAGAAGGGAAGGAGAGGAAGAACAAAACAUAUUACAAGUUUGAGAAGCUGGCCAUAGACCCUAAUACCUGUGAAGUGAACACAAAAUACAAGGCAGUAAGAACCAGCAUCUACACCAAACACCUGGAAAGGUGGCUGAAAUACUUUCCAAUUGAGCAAUUCCACAUUGUCGAUGGAGACCGCCUCAUCACAGAACCUCUGCCAGAACUUCAGCUAGUGGAGAAGUUCCUAAAUCUUCCUCCAAGGAUAAGUCAAUACAAUUUAUAUUUCAAUGCUACCAGAGGGUUUUACUGCUUGCGAUUUAACAUUAUCUUUAAUAAGUGCCUGGCAGGCAGCAAGGGACGCAUUCAUCCAGAGGUGGACCCCUCUGUCAUUACCAAAUUGCGCAAAUUCUUUCACCCUUUUAAUCAAAAGUUUUACCAGAUCACUGGGAGGACAUUGAACUGGCCCUAAAAUAAUAUGCCAUACCGCACUAUGUGUUGUGCCUGGAGAUACACAAUGUCUCCUUUAGAUUAAAAUAUGCACUUUUCCUAUCCAAGUCAUUUUUCCAUGUAUACUUGUACAUAUGCAGUGUGUGACCAAAUAUAAGAUUAGUUCUUUUUCUACUGAAAAUUUACAAAGAAAAUAAAUUUCUGUCUGCCUAGUUGCAUCUUUUAAGCUAUUUACAAAAAUGAAGAGGUGGUGGUAUUGGGGGAAAGUGGCUUCAGCUAUUCUCAAAGAGUUAGUCUUCCUUUGAUCCAGAAUUUAUCACCUGCCAUUUUCAUAGAUUUAAGCCAAAAGAUGAACGUGUGAAAAUGUACCAAUGGCUGUGAAACUUCAGGAAAUAGAGGAUUCAGUUAUGCAUUUUGUUUUUUCCUAAGGGAAAGCUGGCUCUUUAAUUCAAUGUUGAAUUGGUGUCAUGAAAACAGAAAACGCUAUUUUCUUAUUAUUUGAAAGAAUGUCUUCUCUCAUGAAAUUGACCUUGUUCCAAAGUUUCUGUGGUGAUUUUGCACUAUUGUUUCCUCGUAUGGACCAUCGUGUCACUUGUAGCAUGUCAAUCACAUGUUGGAAAGUCAAGUCCUUUUACUUCCAUGUUGUAUACCAACAAAGAGAAGCAUCGUGUACAUAGUGUAUAUUGUUGUAAAUACUGGUUUCAUACUAAGUAAUUCUAUUUUGUAAACUGAAUAUGGUUAUUUAAUUUAUUGUGAAAAUUAAAUUUAUUGUGGUAUUUAAAAUGGAAUGGAUUAAAAUAACUCUAUGUGCAACUAUCUUUUAAACUCAUUUUGUUUUAUGUGCCCCCUACUGGUUUAUGUGUCUGGGGGCACUUGGAAAGAUUCUCUUCUCCAUUGAAUUUCCAUAUCUAUGUGAAAAUCUGCUUACAAAAUGAGGCUGAGUAUACUCUUACAAAAUCAUAACCGUGUGGAAAUCAAGUAAUAAUAGCCACCUCAAAUAACCCUGUUGGUUCUCUGCUACAAUUCUGUAACUAUUAAUUUACUUGCCAGUACUACUGUACCAGAGAGAGUGAAGAAAUAUAUUAACAGAAUCAAGGCAUAGAAGUAUCACAGAUUUAUUUGAACUUCUAAUCAAAGUUAGACCAGCAGAAAAAUUAAAUUAAAUAAGAUUAGAAAACUUGUGUGGUCUAUGAUAUUGUAGCUGCUUAUGAUUCAAAAAUGAAUAUUUUUGAGCUCUCAGAACUCUCUACUUUAGAUGAAUAUGUAUCAAUCUGCUCAGAAAUGAUCAAAUCACAUAACAGUGCUAUGACUAACCAAAGUAUAGACUCAUAUUUCCACCCAGAGAAAUUAAUGCUGAAUUGGGUGCUUCACUAACAUCAGGAACACUAUAUCAUGCUUAAAUAUAAUUCAAAAAAUUGUGGAAAGAUGUACAACAAAAAGAUGGAUUUUCCACAACCAUAGUUGAUUCUCCAGUGGGAGGUAAUUGAGAGGAUUUUGUUCAGCAUCACAUACAGUGCUUAGAGAAAUCGGCAGAUUACAAUGUUACUAUUGUAAUAAGCGUUGAUUUUUCUCUAUCAGUUGUUUAUCCUAGUCAGUGAUUUGAUGGUGAACUUUCCUACAUAAAUAGCCCUUUCCACUCCAGUUUC